AUGGCCCAACCGCUGCCUGUUCAUAUUCCCCCACAUCCCGCUAGCCCGACCUCCUUCUACUCUGCUUCGCCUUCGUCGCUCCCCUCUGACCUCAUAUUACCCCUCUCGUCCUGCUCCCUGCUCGACAAUGGUGCCUCCACCCCCAGCCAAUCCUCGCACCAUCACCAACAACAACAACAACAACAACAACAACAACAGCAGCACCGACCACCAGUAACAGCUAUGCCAGCAUCAGCAAAAAGAUCACUAUCGUUCUCCUUGGCUGUCGAAAGAUCUGAUAAUGCCAGCACAUCUAGCAGCGAUAACUAUACCGUCGCCACCUCCAGUCGGCGUGCCACAACGCAAGAUCAUGUUAGCGUCCCCAAUAUUGUCAGACAAGCAAACCACUCGAACAAGGUGAACCAGGAGUUCGACGAUUCCAGGAUCGACCGGUCAAACAACAGCAACGUCAACAAUGGCAAUGGGCUGGACAACAUCGACGACAAUAACAGCAGCACUUUGAUUACUGCUGCCAGUCAUGGCUCUACUGCAUCGUCACCUAUUUCUUCCAGCAGACCCAUCAGUACCGCCAUCAAAUUCAGCUCUUCUUUACCGCCUUCACUAAAACAACGACCGAACCCCCCAGCGCGUCUCAAGAGCGAUCUCUACUAUGGACCCUCUACCAGAACACCAAGCAGGAGCCAGACCAUGGGCACCAACUCUCACUACACCUCCAGCGGACAAAACUCGCCUGGGACAUCCAUCUAUUCUUCCGACGACUCUGUUCCAGAUUCGCCCAUGUCUGGCCCUGACGAAGCUGAUCUACUCGUCAACUCGAUUUGCUCACCCCUGUCUGCUCUGAACAAACGCAAGUCCUUAGGAGCCCUCCUCGCCGCUAACACCCUCGCCGCCAGCAGUAACAACAACAAAGUCAUUGUCAACAGCACCACCAGCGCCUCUCCCUCGUCCCGCAAGGAGGUCCUUUCGCCAACGUUUCGUGCUAAAAGCGGUUUCCCCAAGCCAACGUCAUUUGCUGCGGCUAAUGCCCCAGGUGCCUCCCUUCCCACGCCAGAGACCUCAGCCAAAAAGAUUUUCGUCCCAACAAGUCCCCGUGUGCAAUCGCCCUCAGCCAUAUCCGCACAGAUCCAGCGCACGCUCUGGCCCACCUCGGACAUUCUGGACGCAUCAGAUCAAGGACUGCCGGACAUUGACGUCGACAGCCUCCAAGACUCUGGAUCAAUCGCCGAUCACGACGACAACACCUACGAGGGCGACGCUGAUACAGAGGGUGACUUGGAUGACGACGAGGGCGACGAUUCGUGGCAUUCGGCGGACGAGGACUUUGGAGGAGAAACUAGCGCCUACCAUUCGGACUCACCGGCCUUGCCUCUCGUCCCAUUCACCAACCAGGUUGGAGGUCAUGCCUCCUUCCUUCGCUUUUCCAACAAGGCCAUCUGCAAACCUGUGAGCGAGAACGAACAGGUCUUUUAUGAGUAUCUCGAAGCACACCAUCCCGAAGUUCUGCCAUUUAUCCCCGCCUACCUGGGGGUGUUGAAUGUCACAUAUCGACAGCUACCCGACCCGGAGGGUGGAGACAAGCCAGGAGAGGUCGUCCCCGAGGUUGUGCUGGAGGAGAACCGUCACAUCGUCACGGAUGCGAUGCUGGAAAAGAUGAAAAAGUCGUGGAAGUGGCCCUCGACUCCUGGCAGGUUCCCUGGAUCGACCGUCGACAUUGUCGAGGAAGGUCGAUCGCUUGCAAGUCGUUCUCUCUUGGGCAAUCGUGAUCGUUAUUUAGACCCCUUCCAUGGAUCGUCAUCUGUACCAACCCAUUCGAGCCUCCCCAUUCCGUCGUCUAUAUCGAGUCCGGCCAGUUUCGCCAAGAUCCGGGGUCUGACAAGGAUCAAUCUGGCGCUCAAGGAGAAGGUUCUGCGGGAAGUUCUCUCACCGCACUCUCUGCGAGCUCGUGCAAAAGCAUUCCGUCAACAUUUUGGCUUUGCGACAAAGUCCCGGAAUGACCUCUGUUCUCAUUCCCAUGACUCGCAGGACGAAGGAUCCCAGGAUUACAUCAGGCAGGUCCCUCGACGCCAUUCACUCUCGAACCUAAACCUCGCCAUGGCCUCACGCGAGGAGCACAAGAAAAAGGAGUUGUCAAGUGCAGGACGUCGCCGGGGGCUCGAGUCGCCAGGAAGGUAUCAUUCCGGGCCGGAAGGUAGUCCAGGCACCAGCAGCGGUAUCAGCCCUGGCAGGGAGCUCAAGUUGAGUCGGUCUCAGGAAGCGCCGGAUGCGCAGCGGCACAGGACAGAUGAUACCGCCAUUGACAAUGAUCUCGAUUCGACAGGCCAUAACAACGACAUGUUUCACAUGGACGACCUGGAAUUGCCUGAAACUAUGCUCCACGUCCAGUCCUUGUCAGGCCGCGGCAGACCAGCUAUCCAGAACAACAAACGGGGACCCACGCAAGCUGAAGAUCUGGAUGGAGGUGCCAUUCCGAUCGGGCGUAACGAGUGGAUUAUCGAUGGUUCAAGGCGUCUCUGCGACCUUCGAUCAGAGUCGACGUCACAUGCGUUCAGGGGUCAGUCCGAUUCACUACAGGAAGGAUCAGCGCAGAACGGUGACGAACAGGACGCACCAAAGCGAGGGAUGCUCCCAUCCGACCCUGUCCCCGGCAAGUACAUUCUCCUUGAGGAUCUGACGGACGGUCUCAUGGCACCGUGUAUUCUCGAUAUUAAGAUGGGAACGCGGCAGUACGGUAUCUGGGCCUCGGACAAGAAGAUGAAGAGUCAGAUGCGCAAGUGCCAAAAGACUACAAGCUAUGAGACAGGCAUUCGUAUCUGCGGCAUGCAGGCAUACAAUAUCACCACGGGACGGUUCUUGUUCCAGAACAAGUACUAUGGCCGGAAGCUGACCAAAGAGACGCUACCACUUACCCUCAGAGAGUUUUUCUUCAACGGAUCUGAGGUGGUCUUGGCCCAUAUACCAAUUUUACUGAGGAAACUCAGGGAUCUCGCCAAGAUUAUCAAGACCCUGAACGGCUAUCGCUUCUACGCCAGCAGUCUUUUGAUCUACUACGACGGCGACAAUGCACCCCAACUUCCCAGUGUGCAGAGUCUUAUUUCUCAAGGAACGACGACGACAACAACACGCUCAGCUCCACCACCUGUCAACACGUCAUCAUCCGCCCCAGGUCGAUCCCCCUCGAUGGCACCAGAAUUGGCAAACGGAACUACGCCAGGACCUCGAUCUCCAACGAUGUCAACAACGUCAACGGCGACGGCGGCGGUACCGAAAAACGUAGGAAUGCUCCGACAGGGCGGAAACGGUAACAAGAACCUCUCAGACCCAUGCAGAACGGAUCUUAAGGUCAUUGAUUUCGCACACUGUACACCAGGCAUCUACGACGAGGAUGCGAUGCCUCCCUACCCACCAAUGCAUCCCGACGAGCCGGACAAAGGAUACCUACUCGGCCUCAAGAACUUGAUGAUGAUCUUUCGCGACAUUUGGGACGAGAAUGGUGGUGACGAGAGCGUUUCGCUUGUAUGGCUCAAGCAGGAGGAGGAGCUUUGGGAUGGUGUCUGGGAGUAG